UUUGGCAGUGUCAAACACCGUUGACUAAUCGUAAUCGGCUCCUGGUCUACAACUGGAAUAAUGCAAUUCUGUAGUUUCAGGAUAAUUUCCCGAAAUAACUGGACAUGAGUAGUCCACCAGUGCGCCUUACAUCAACUUAAGCUCUCAUGGUGAGUUCACUAUAAUAAAAAAACAAACGGAGGUUACAGAUCGCCAAUUUAAGGUUGACUGUAGGUGAGCAGAUUUUUUUUAAUUGCAGAAUUUACUCUAAACAAUCUGAAAGGAUUUCUUUUACCCAUAUUUUGUGCUAAUAAUGUGAUCCUGGCGACCAAAUAACUUCAGUCGCAGUGCAGCCUACACGCUGACUCUACUUUUUUUCUGAUCAUUCAGAUCAACAACCCCUGCGAUGACUGUACGCAUGUAACACCCCGAAGACUCUCACUUCAGACAGUACAGAUAAACAUCAAAUAGCCUGGUGUACAAAAACCUGUUUGAUAGUCCAUGCUUGACACCAUUAGGCUGACUGAUAGGAACUUAUUCUCGACUGUCAAACGGCGUCAAUCCUCAAAACUGAAAUUUUCAAGAGCAAAACAUUUGACGGAUUUUCCCCUUUUUUGCAGCAUCCUCGGGUAGGCUUUUGGAUGGAAGAUGAUACAUGCCAUGGAUAGAGUCGAUGGAUUAAUUUGCUCGACGCUUUUGCGUGAUAUUAAAUAUUCACUGGUUCUAAAAAUGCUAUGGACAGAAUAAGGCUUCAGAUAAAGGAACAUGUGGGUAAUGCAAUGCUAGAUGAAAACGUAGAGGUGCGGCAUGUUGGGGACAGAGAUCAUUACUGUCUGAAGCAGGUUUGACACCGCACUGAAAGUUGGAAAGGAGCCAUGGGCAAAGAGCAGGACCUCCUGCUGGCUGUGAAGAAUGGAGACCUCCUCUUAGCUCAUAAACUCCUUGCUAAGAUCAAGGUCAACCGAAACAAGAUACUGGGCUCGACAAAGAAACUGAAUGUCAACUACCAGGAUGCAGACGGGUUCUCCGCCCUGCACCACGCGGCUCUCGCAGGUACCAACGACCUGCUCUCCCUCCUGCUGGAGGCUCAGGCCACAGUAGACAUCAAGGACAGCAAUGGGAUGCGGCCACUGCACUACGCCGCGUGGCGAGGAAAGGCUGAAUCUGUGCUGAUGCUGCUCAGAUAUGGGGCUUCUGUUAACGGAGCAUCACAGGACGGCCAAAUCCCUCUCCACCUAGCAGCCCAGUAUGGACAUUACGAAGUUACAGAGAUGCUAUUGCAGCACCAGUCCAACCCCUGCACGGUUAACAAGGCCAAGAAAACACCACUGGACCUGGCCUGUGAGCUUGGCAGGCUGAAGGUGGCCCAGCUGCUGCUGAGCAGUAACAUGGUGGUGGCUCUGCUGGAGGGGAAUGGAAGGGACAACACACCCCUACACCUCGCAGCCCGCAAUGGCCAUAAGGACAUCAUCAGACUGCUGCUAAAAGCUGGCUUCGACAUCAACAGAACCACCAAAGCUGGCACCUCCCUUCACGAGGCUGCCCUCUACGGCAAGACAGAAGUAGUCAAGCUACUGCUGGAUGCUGGAAUUGAUGUCAAUAUCCGCAACACCUAUAACCAAACAGCACUGGACAUCGUGAACCAGUUUACUACUUCUCAUGCCAGUAAAGACAUCAAACAACUGCUCAGAGAGGCUGCAGGAGUACUGCAGGUGAGAGCCCUGGAGGACUACUGGAACCUCCAUGACCCUACAGCUCUUAACAUACGUGCAGGGGACACCAUCAUGGUGUUAGAGCAGCACAUAGACGGACGCUGGAAAGGGCAUAUCCAUGACAGCCAGAGCGGCACAGACCGCGUGGGCUACUUCCCUCCUUCCAUCGUGGAUGUUAUAAACCCACAAUUAGGGGGCACUCUCUCUCGCCAGGCCUCACUGCCUAUUCAAAGACAUCAUACACUGGCCAGAGUCCCCACCCCCUGCAGAUCACAUCCCAACCCAAACACUGAUGACUCUUAUACCCUGUACACAUCUACUCAUCCAACCUUACCUUGCCAAAAUGACCUGGACAAGCACCCAGGAGACAGGAGCAGUGUUGGAAGUGCUGGCAGUGUGGGAAGCAGUCGUAGUGCAGGCAGUGGGCAGAGUGCUGAGGGCAACCUCACCCAUCAUACCCAGGAUCAGCGCAGAGUUGCUGCCCAGGACACCAGCCAGAUCUCAUUUUACCAGUGUUCUGUUCAACUGUUGCCCUCUUGUGCUGAACUCAGAGAACAGCAAAGUCUGACUUCCCACCUCCACAAGACUGAGCCUCUAGGAGCUCUUGGUCAUGCACAGAUUCUGAACAGCUCCAGGGCUGAAGAUCAAGGUUUCAGUCCACUUGUUAGCCGUCCUCAGCAGCUACUGGAGAGCAGGGAUGCACAGGCCAUCUGCCAGUGGCUGAGUGGGUUUCGGCUGGAGCAAUAUACACAGAACUUCCUAAUAGCCGGCUACGAUGUGCCUACCAUUAGCCGAAUGACUCCUGAGGAUCUCACAGCCAUUGGUGUGACUAAACCAGGCCAUCGCAAAAAGAUUUCCAUGGAGAUCAGCAAUAUGAAUAUCCCUGAGUGGUUACCAGACUACAUUCCAACUGAUAUUGGUGAAUGGCUUGGUAAUCUUGGGCUUUCUCAGUAUCAGAAGAGGCUUGGCGAUAAUGGCUAUGAUUCCAUUAGCAUUGUGCGAGACAUCACAUGGGAAGAUCUGCAGGAAAUUGGCAUCAACAAACUUGGACACCAAAAAAAGAUGAUGCUUGCUGUGAAAAGGCUUUCUGACCUGCAGAAGGCUCGGAGGAACCAAGCAGAGGGGCAGGGGACCCUGCAGCGAAGGAGAACUCCUCCCACUCUUGAGGUGGUGGCUAUAGAGCCACCUGACAGCACUGAUGGCCCUUCCUCACCUCUCUUAACCAAGAUGCUCACCUUCCAGGACACCGAGCUUAGCAUUGAGCUACAGAGCGCCAUGAUCCAUAAUGGGUCCAGUGGUUGCCAGGAGGGCUUUGUUGCCACGGUGAAUGGUAACACCGUGUCCUUCAGCCAGGGAAGCAUUGGUAAACGCUCAUGUGGCUCUGGGCGGUCGCAGGGAAGGCCCCAGGCUUCCGUCACACCCAACAGCCGCACUGUCGAAUGCCUGGCCAGCUUCGACUGUAGCGCCUGCAAGGAACAUGCUGCGAUUACACAGUCACAAGAGCCAGGCACCGUCUUGGUGGCUGCCAAGAUGGUGCAGACAGAGUCUCUACAACAGCAGCCACUGCCUUCAGCUGGCAGCCCCGUGUCUGCACAGACACCCCCAGUAAGCCCCAGUAAGAUAACUCGCUUUGUUUACCCUGCAGCCCAGUCCAAGGCCAGGCUCGGCAUCUCAGCAUUGCCCCAACCCAACAGCGUCCAUGGUUCCCCCAGCCAGAGGGGCUUCACCAACCUCCAGCCACAGAAUACCUCAGACCAGACCCGCCCUGGCCUAGCCAGACCUGCGCAGUCCAGCAGCGGCAUUUAUAGGUCAAAAAAGCGCAGCCAGAGCCUGUCACGCUACACCUACUAUGAUGGAGAGGUGGAGGAAGAUGACGUACAGGCACCGUCCACCAACCUGGCAACAUACGCCACGCUUACACACAAGCCCGGCCGCUGCCGGCUGCCCACCGGCACCGCCAGUCGGCAGGUGGGUCGGAGUCAUUCCUUCGCCAUACGCACCAAGAGGAAAGGUCCGCCCCCACCCCCUCCAAAGCGAAUGAGCUCUGCCCCAAGUGGGAUGAACGAUGGAGGUGUAGAGACAGAGAGUGCAGGCAGUGUCCGCAGUAUUGCAGCCAGGCUAGAGAGCAGUGGAAGCCCCAAUAAGAUCCCCAGCAUGUCACCCAUCAAAGUGGCCUCACCCACCACCCCAUCCAAAGCUUUAAUCUGUCAGCAGAGGACCUCCAGCAAGACACUUCCACAAGAACCAGACCAGGCAGAGUUUAGCAGCCUCAAAAUGAGGCAGCAAGAAAAGAAGCUUUAUAUAAGCCAGUCAGCUGCAAUUUUGACAUCACCUCACAGAAGCUUGGGUGAGAGCAUUCCAUUUGCUGAGGAGGGAAAGGUGACGAUAAAACAGAGACCAAAAAUGACAGCAACUAAAAUGGAUACUGAAGUCACUUUGGAGACCUCAAAACCUGCACAGUCACCCAAUUCAGGUCACGAAUUGCCCAAAUUCAACCUGAAAGAAUCAGACACAGUGAAAAGGCGCCACAGGCCCAGAGAGCAGGAAAUGCAGCCUGCCAGUCAGAGCCCACGUCCCGAGAUGGAAGGCAUCCCACAGGCUGUGAAGAUACCACUGCGUCUGCAGAAUGGUGGACCCUCAGGAAAACUCCCUAAACAGAACCGCUACCCCAAACCUGCUUCUCCACAGAAACCUCCCACCCCAUGUAAGCCUACACAUCUUUCUGCUACUGCAGCUCGCUCAGUAGAUGGAUGUCCCCCUGGGGGGGCGAGCAAGAAGGGGCAGAGCGCUGCCUAUGCCAUCUCCUCUCCAUCCAGCUCGGGGGCAGUGUGUACCCCUGUUGGGGAACCCCUGGAGCAGAAAAGAAGAGGGACGGCUCAGACUUCAGGGCUUUGCCCAGACGCACUGGUUCAUAGGCGGAUGGAGCAGACCAGCAGUUCCUUGGAGGCAGCGCUGAGGGUUGUGGAGAGAAAGUUAGCUCAGGAAGAUCAGACAGACAGUGGUGUUUACACGGUGAAGUCAUCUGGCAACAUUCUGGAUGACAUUGGGAACAUGUUCGACGAUCUUGCUGACCAGCUGGAUGCCAUGUUAGAGUGACCAUAUUCUGUCAUUUCCUACUCUUUAGUACCUUUAUGUUUCUAAGAACUUCUCAGUCUCCAUGCUUAUGCUGGGCACUCUCACGGGAUCCUGACCAGUGGAGGAACUGUGUGGUUCCAGACUGCAGCCUGGUCUUUGGCCCCACUAAACCUUGUGAGCCUGCAGCAUGGCUCACACCUGAAGCAGCAUUAGUGGGGAAAAAAAUGCACUCCACAAUUGCAUCUGACUGUAUCCAACAUGGGAUCACAAGGGCAGUGUGUCCUUUCUGUACCUGCCAGUACUUUACAGCACUUAACAUUUGAACCUACUGCGUCAAAGAGAAAUUAUUUAAUUUUCUUUGAGACACAGGCCAUGGUGCUCUAUGCAUUAUAUUAUAGGAAACAGGACAGUAUGAUUUCUCAUCCUUUUAGACCUUACAGUACAUAUCAUUUCCUUUUACUGUCUGUAUAUAUGCCAGAUAGUAUUCUUAUGGGUGCUUAAAGAACUUCUGGAUCUGCCAUGAUGAAAAUAACUACUAAAUCCUCUCUGACAGUGAGGUGCAGGGUAAAAUGAUCAAUACCACUAUUCAUGUUUGUGCUGAUUUUUUUAAAAGCAAAGAGGACCAACUUUCAGACACUGAUUACAAGAUUACAAAGAACCAGUACAUUAAGGGUUACCCUCUAUAUCAGAUGAAUUAUACUUAAAUGAGAAUGAGCAAGUCAUCACAUCAAACAGCACUUUUAUAUGCCCUAAAAUAGUAUUGCAAAAAUAGACUCUUUUUUCAGUAUUAGAGUUGUCAGUAGUAUUAAUAUUGAAAAAUCAACUUUUUUAUUGAUUGUAAGGAGAGCUAUUAACUGCAUGCAUUACAUUUAUGUUUGUAUCUUUGUUUUUUAAUGCCAGUAAAUGUGGACUUUCAAACUGCAAAAAUUUCAGUACUGAAAAAUUUGAAUUUGAAAAAGGUUCUGGAUGCAACAGGAACAAAUGUGAAAAAAUAUAUAAGCAGAAUUUUUGGUUUUAGUGGAUGCUGAAUGUGGUAUUCAGAUGUGCUUUCUUUUUUAAUUAUAAUAUUUUUAGCCUGUUCCUCUCACUGUUCCUUUUAUAUUUGUGUGGUUCAUGCACUGUACUGUAUGUAAUUGAAUUUUAUUUUAGAUAAUUGUGUAUCUUGCAUGCACAGAGCACAGGCUAAAUUACAAAAACCUGACACAGUUUCUGUUUGUUUAACAUCUUGAUAUAGAUAUUACAUCAUUCAAAUGAGGCCAGAAAAAAAGAGCUUCCAAAACUGGCAUGUUUUUAUAUAAAAACAACAAUGACAACACAUUUUAUAUUACCAUUUAUGGUCAUCUUAUUUUUCAGUCUGUUAAAUGAUAAAGGUCCACAGGUGUUACAGUCAACUUUUAAUGUAAAUACUGUAUACCAGAUGCAUCGAGUUGCCAUGUAAGUACUAAGUGAAACACACAACGAGAACUGCAUGUGGCUAAAUCAAUGUGGGACAAUAAUGGUAUAUACCUUUAAUAAUAAAGUGACAGCUGUUGAAUAGGAAAAUAUAAAAUGCUAUUUAACAAUAAUAAUAAAAACUUUUGUUGUAUUAUGGCCUUUAUUUGCAGGCAAAGAAGAUACAAACCUUGACCUGCCAACCUCACAAUUAUGAAAAGAAACAUUAAAUCUAAAAUGGGAAAAUAGGCUACUUUCCAAGUAUACAAAAUAUUCUGUAAAAAAACAUUUGUAAAAAUUAUACACAAAGUUUUUGUGUGCACAAAAGCGAUCAAAACAAAAGAAACGCAGUGAAGGGAAAUGUAUGGCAAAAACCUCUUUUAGAGCUGGCUGAAAUCACAGCUUUCUGCAUUAGUACUGCCAGCAACACACGUUCAUUGAUGUAAAAUAAUUAUAAUAAUAAAGCAGUAGUGUGACCGGGGCAUGACUGUUCUUCAUACUUACUGAUGCUACAAUAUGUUAUUGCUCUGUAUAAUUAUGAACAUAAAUAAGUCUGAAAAUGCUUGUUUCCUUUAA